AUGGCGCCUGAUCGGGGAUAUCGCGACGAUGUCGAUGACGGCGCUCACGAUACUGUUAGCAGCAGUAACCACACCCCAAUCACGCAUGAUUCUUACCCCGAGAAUGCUCCCGAGCCAGGGCCUGUCAUCCACGGCCGCAGCUUCACCUUUCGCGGUGUUGCCGUGGGCCUGCUGGUCGGCUUGGUCAUUUGCUUCUCCAACAUGUAUUUUGGCCUACAGACGGGUUGGGUGAGCACCAUGACCAUGCCGGCUAGCUUGAUGGGUUUCGGUAUAUUCAAGGCCAUGUCUAGGCACCUGCGCCUUCCAUUCAGUCCUGUUGAGAAUGUUCUCGUGCAGACCGUGGCUGGAAGUAUGGCCAUCAUGCCACUUGGCUGCGGAUUUGUCGGUGUGAUUCCCGCCAUGAACUAUCUCUUGGCUCCCGAGGAACAGGGACCUCUCAAUAUCCCCUUGUGGAAGUUGAUCAUAUGGUCUCUCGGUCUUUGUUAUUUUGGUGUCGUCUUUGCUGUCCCUCUUCGGCGACAAGUCAUCAUCCGAGAAAGGCUUCGUUUCCCUAGCGGAUUUAGUACUGCUGUUCUCAUCGGGGUCCUCCAUGGCCAGACGCGGAAGGCCGGUCCUGACGCCGUAUCGGGCGGCUUCGCGAGUCUCGUACCGGAUCAAGAUUCGAAGCCGGAUUUGACACUGGAGUCUAGCCGUAACCACAACAUUACGGAUCCCGAGAAUGCCAAUUCCGAGAUGCCCGAGAGUGGCUCCCAGGACGACUGGGCUCAGAAUGUGAGGCUACUGCUGAUAUGCUUUGGGGUCUCGGGCUUGUACACUUUGUCGUCCUACUUUUUGCCUGCAUUGCGAAGCAUUCCCAUAUUUGGUACCAAUGCCGCAGGCAUUUGGCUUUGGACGCUGAACCCGAGCCCGGCCUACAUUGGCCAGGGCAUCAUCAUGGGCCCUGAGACGACUUUGCACAUGCUGCUAGGUGCUGCGAUAGGAUGGGGUGUCCUCUCUCCGCUUGCCAAGUAUCGGGGUUGGGCACCCGGUUCCAUCGACGACUGGGAAACGGGCAGCAAGGGCUGGAUUGUUUGGGUCUCCCUAGCUAUUAUGCUUGCCGAUGCCAUUGUCAGCCUCAGUUACAUUGCUUUCCGUCCCUUGGCCCAGCAUGUCGCCAAUGAAGGUAUGAAGGGCAUAUGGCAGCAAAUUGUGCUAGGCUGGCAGAAGAUUUUUGGAUCCAGCCGUCAUUCCACCCGGACGUAUACUGCUCUGAACACAGAUGAGGAUGGAGAGGUCACAAGUACCUCCCGGCUCUUGUCUGAUGAGUCGCGAUCCUCUGUGGUUCGUCGUGGGUUUUCGACAUCGAGUGUAAGCGAUACUCGUGCCGACGAAGUAGACGCACCGGAAGACCAGCAAAUCGACAACAAGCUUGUUGCCGUGGGGCUGGUUCUAUCCAUUCUCCUCUGCAUCACCACUGUCCACAUCGUCUUCGGCGACCUGGUUCCUCUCUACGCCACUAUUGUUGCCGUGCUGAUGGCUCUCCUACUCAGCAUUAUGGGUGUUCGAGCACUGGGUGAGACGGACUUGAACCCCGUAUCCGGCAUCAGCAAGCUUGCGCAGCUAUUCUUCGCCCUAAUCAUUCCCCAGUCACACAAGUCCAGUGUGCUUAUAAACUUAGUUGCGGGUGCAGUGUCCGAGGCCGGAGCUCUUCAAGCGGGUGAUUUGAUGCAGGAUCUCAAGACAGGCCAUCUUUUAGGAGCCGCGCCCAAAGCCCAAUUCUGGGGCCAAGUGAUUGGAGCAACAGCGGGUGCUGUGGUCAGUGCCUUUGUGUACCAGCUCUACACGGCAGUGUACACGAUUCCGGGAGAUCUCUUCCAGGUUCCAACGGGAUACGUAUGGAUCUUCACAGCCAGGCUGGUGACGGGCAAGGGCUUACCGCCCAUGGCGCGCGAGUGGGCAAUCGGCUUUGGCAUCAUAUUUGCUUUCACGACUAUUGCCAGGACCUUGGUAACGGGCAAGGCUUGGCGUUCCCUUGUGCCGGGAGGUAUUGCCGUGGCGGUCGGAAUGUACAACGUCCCAUCAUUCACCCUGGCUAGAACUGUUGGCGGCCUGCUAAGCUGGUACUGGGUCUCUAGGCGAGGCGAGUCGAGCACGCCAUUGAUUGUGCUGGCAUCAGGCUUCAUACUCGGUGAAGGAUUUCUGAGCAUCGUGAAUCUCAUUUUGCAAAGCAUUGGUGUCCCUCAUUACUAG